AUGUCGUCAUUAGGUGCGAUGGUAAAGUUUUUUGUCAUAAUCUGCUUCUCGUUCUUGGUAAUCGGCAAUUUCGGUUUUGUGGAAUCAGCGGUAUCAAGAGCAGCUGACGGAAGCGAUAAUAAUCCUGACAAUCCAUUGGCAGCAAAAGCAGGAAAUUAUUUUUUAAGAAAUAUCACAGACUUUAAUUUUAAUAAGAACAACAAUACACCAGUAAAUUCGCUGACAGACGUAACCGACUACUUAUCGGGAAGCAAUAGCACAAGUGUCAGAUGCACCGACCCCAUUCCUUCUGGACUUUAUCCUCUCCCAAGAUGUAUAUCUAAUAUAUUGUGCAGUUACAACCUUUCCGAUUAUGAAACUCAAAAAGAAUCAAGCUACCGAUCGCGCAGAAGUACUAGUCACUUUAUAACUUUUUUUGGUGAAUUCGUCUCAUUUGACCUUAUUAGCUCAAGGGCCAAUACAACAAACUACACUUAUGUGUACAUGCCGGCCGACGACUCUUCCUAUGAUCUCAAUAACCCCCUUGGGCAAACCGGCAAAACAUUCCUACCAGCAAAUCGAUCCGAUUUUAAUAACGGCACGAAUCCUCAGUAUUCGGGAUAUAAUUUCGUAACGCCUUUCUUAGACUUGAACAAUAUCUAUGGGUAUUCACAAUCUCGAGAAUCGUAUCUCCGUGAAAAUGUCAUGGGAAAGUUAAAGGUUAGUACGACUGAUGGACUUUCAUAUCCGCCUAAAGACGACAACGGAGCGUACGUUUGGGGUGCCGUAUCGAUACGAUCGCCUAGUAUUUUCACACUGGCAAUUCAGACCAUUUGGAUUCGUGAACAUAAUCAAAUGUGUGAGAAGUUAUAUAAGCAACAUCCAGAAUGGUCAGAUGAAGAACUUUUUCAGGAAGCUAAACGUUGGAAUAUAGCAUUCUAUCAAAAAGUCGUUACCGAAGAAUACCUUGGUAUUUUACUAGGUCAUCCAUUGCCUGCCUAUCAAUCUUAUAACAAGGACAUAAAACCUGGUAUAGAUACUUUCUUUGCCACAGUAGCAUUCCGAUAUGGACAUAGUGAACUUAGUGACAAUUACCUGAUCCAGAAUGAGAUUCCUGAAAUUGUGGCGACUGUGCCGUUCAGACAGUUAAAUAGAUCAGAUCUAUUAACAACAUUUGGGGUAGAGACGAUACUUAGAUCGAUGGCGCUACAGCGACAGGAAGAGGUCGACAUCUUUUUGGCGUCUGCUACGAAGAAUGCGAUUAGCCCAGAACCUAAUACGUACGAUCUGGCGGCCUUUGACAUUAUAAGGUCUAGAGAUCGCGGGAUUCCAUUAUAUAACGUAGUACGCCAAUCUUUCGGAAUCCCAAAGGCGAAUUCAUUUGCGGAUAUUACUAGCAAUUCACUUAUCCAAUCAAAUUUAGCCAGGGUGUAUUCAUCUGUCGAUCAAGUAGAAGCUUGGGUAGGUGUAUUGAGCGAAGACCAUUUAGAUGGAUCAAAUUUUGGUAGAACGUUGAGCGCUAGUUUUGAAGCACAGUUUUCAAAUGUCAGAGACACAGAUAUCUUCUGGUGGGAAAAUCCCAAGAGCCCUACUCCAUUUAGCGACGCCGAUAAAGCAAUAUUGAGGAGCACCACAUUUAGGGACAUCAUUAUGCGUAACAUUAAUAGCAGCGUUUAUUUUCCUCAAAAUAUUUGGACCGUGCAGCCACAAUCAAAACUAAAUGGUGAUGACACCGAUUAUCCAAAUAAGAUCGAAGCCUGGCCUCAGUAUAUCAUAUUCUAUAGGAUUGAUGGUGUUUCGAGCAAAACCAUUGACUUUAAAGUUGAGCUACAAACGUCUGGUGGCAAAGGAUGGUUUGGAAUGGGAUUUGGUCCAGAUGAUCUUGGUAUGAAGGGGGCGGACUUCUACAUUGGAAUUGUUGAUCAAAAUAUCACAUUGAAGAAUUAUCACGCAGAUCCCAACGUUUAUCAUCCUCCCAUAGUCGAUCAAGAUCAGACCGUUAUUGUUCGCAAGGCAUUUCUUAGUAGCACAGGCGUUGCGACGGUUGAAUUUACGAGGUCGUUGGAUGCAGCGAGGCCGGGAAAAAAGUCUAUCGUUAAUGGGGCUAUGAAAUUCAUCAUGGCCUACAAUCCAGUUAGCUCACAAUUUUCUUAUCACGGAAACAAUCGUAUUUUGAUGAAUAUCGAUUUUUAUAAUAAUAUCAUUUCAUCGUCGGUUAUAACGGGUAUGCAGUUAACCACAAAGGCAAUUCACGGUGCUUGUAUGUUCCUUGUUUGGUGUAUUCUAUUCCCGGCUUCAGUUUUCUUGGUUCGAUAUUUUAAGCAUCGCAACGACCAUCUCGCCAUCCAUCAAUUUGUACAAUUGCUUGGAGGCGCGAUAGUAUCAACAGUCGGUGUUGCCGCUAUUACUACUGUGCAAUAUGUCCAGUCGCCGCAUGCAUGGUUUGGUCUGUUCAUAUUUUCCUGUUCAUUUAUUCAACUUGCUUUAGGCUUAAUAGCCAUGUGGGGACAGACAUCCGUUGUUUCUGUUAAUAAGGGUUACCCUCGUUUCGUGAAACGCACUCACAAAUUCUUUGGAGCUACUUUGCUUCUAGCGGCUUGGGCCAAUGUGUAUCUUGGCAUCGACACUUUCUGCACCACUUAUUCUUACGAUUCAACUCUGUAUAAGGCAGUCUACAUUGGUUGGCUUAUUAUAUUGGUAUCGGUCUUUGUAUUUGGUGAAUUUUGGUGGAUUCGACAAGGCACACUAAACAAAUUGGUUUGCAUGGACGAAGAUGAAUCGAUAAUCGAAAAAAGAUCCAUGAUACAUACUUAUAUUAAUCAUGAGGAAUAUUUGAAUUUACCGGAAUUUACUUGGGAUGAAUUUAACGAACGCGUCCAGAGUGGGGCUUAUUUGGUUGUUUGCGAUAACCUGGUUGCGAAUGUGAGAAAAUGGAUCGGAGCUCACCCGGGUGGUUCACAAAUUCUCGAACGUGUUAUCGGUACCGACAUCACAAGGGACUUUUUCAACAUGCAUAAAAAAGAUGUAAUUAAUGAAGAAAUUGAUUCGUCAGAGACUCCUUUGUUGCAAAAUGAAAAACCCCUUGGAUCAAUUGUGACAUCGGUUUUGGAGAAGUACACUUCACAUCUGACAAGGACUCUUCCAAAACAGAAAAAAAACUCUAUUGCAGAAUUUAUUGACACGAUGAAUGUUAAAUAUUAUUUAUCUGUUCCAUUGGCAACUCAUACUCAUAGUCGAUUUGCGACAAGAAAAUUAGCAUCAUUAGUGGUUGGUCGAAUAAAAGAAAGCGAAAAAACGAGUAUCAAAAUAAAACCUAUCGAGAAUCUCAACGACAAAUCCAAAGAAGACCUCUUGGAUGAGAAUAUGAUUUCACAUAAGAAAUUUAGUCGAUACAAAAUCACCAGCAAAUCGCCGGUUAAUGCGAGUACGAAAUAUCCGGUGAUGCGCUUCACGUUCACCAAGGUUCAUCAAGUGGACCAAGGCGAGAAUGCGAAUGAUUCGAGAUUUUUUCCCGGACAUUAUAUAGAAAUUCAAGCCAGAGUUAAGGGUCAAGUGGUGGUCAGAAGUUAUACUCCAUUGGAAGGAACAAUGUUAAAAUCUUUUUCGAUAUACGUUAAAAUCUAUCCGUAUGGUCUCAUAUCACAGCAUCUGAACGAGCAAUUAAUUGGUUACGAAGUUCGAGUUCGUGGACCAUUUGAUGUAAUGGAAAGACAAAUGCGCAUUUCCUUGAAAACAAAUAGCUAUAUCAGUUCACCCACAUCCAGUUCUCCAUAUCUGGGACUUGAUGAAGAUGGUUUUGGCGGAAAAACGUCUUUGUUGAACCCGAACAGCUCGGAUGGAUGCUGGGAAAUGCUGUAUAUGAUCGCUGGCGGUACCGGGAUCACACCAAUGUUGCAGCUGAUCAGGUAUCAUCUGGAACAAGUUUUAAAACGAGGGAAAGGUUCUCGCGUGCAAAUGAAUUUGCUAUUUGGUAAUCGCGAAGUCGAUGAUAUAAUUGACGCUCAAUUACUUGAAGAGCUCGCGUUUUCAAGCCGAGGAAUGCUCACCAUCAAAUACUGUCUCUCGAAACCACCGUCUGCAUGGGGAGGAAUUCAUGGACGUGUCAGUGGUGAAGUUGUAAGAGAGUGGUUGAACUCGGUGCAUGAUGAAUCAAGUCAGUCACCAAUACAGGAUCGUCAAAGUUCCCUAACAUCGGAUCUGACGACAGAUAAGGUACGAACCACACCCCGUCCAUUACCACCUUUGCCCACGGAAAGAUCAUAUCAUUAUCGAGGGUCAAAUCCGAAUUCAGUAAGUUACGCAUCGGAUUAUUCCCUCCCGCAGAGUGCGUUGUCUGGAGGUCGUACUUUGCCCGUAUCCUUACAACCUGCUACGCCGCCGUCGCCACCACCGGUCAAUUACACGCCUUUAAAUACGAUAAUAAAUUCGGAGAUUGAAGAGGUAACGGAUGCGUCAUCGUUUUCAAUGGACCAAAGAAGUCGAUUGACGCUAAACACAAGGAACCUUAGUUAUAAACGGUCAAAAAUCAUUGUGUGUGGUCCAUACGAAAUGAUGACCGUCGUAGAACAGACUUUACUUUCCAUGGGUUAUAAUAACGAUGAUUUUAUCAUGUUGAAUUAA